AUGCAAGAAAGUGAGAUAAGGAGUCUACUGGAAGAAAAAUUUAAAAACAAACUUGAAUCGAUUUCCAGAAAAGGCAACAAGUUUCAAUUCGUAAGAGCUAUAAACAGCAAAAUCAUCUCUCUUGAAAAUACUAAUCAACAAGAGUGCCAGGCGCCAUGUGACGGGAGACUUCUAAAACACAUUUCCGGUCAAGGGCCAUUGUACAUUCGGGCAAAUGAAGAUAUUGGUGCACCUCUACAGGCAUACAAUUCCAAACAAAAGAGACAUGAUAAAGAUGACAACACAGAUGAUGAGAUGGAGUCGGAGAGUAGCACUGGAGACGAGGAAGCAAUUAUGCGAAAUACAAUGUACAAGCCUUGCCCAACCCCCAUUGUAAGAGUAGACCUAAGUAUUUUGGAUGAUGCCGCUGCACCUGACGAAGACAGUGUUCCAAACUGUGACCCAUUGCCUGCCACAGGUGAAUCAUCAACUUCAGUGCCUUCAACAUCUACAGCCCUUGCACCAGAACAGCUCAUACGCGUACGAUGCCCGACAUGCGAGGGAAGUUUUUCCAGCCAUGAAAUCGAGGACCAUGCUGAUGUAUGUGCUGAAGCUGCCUGGACUGGUUCAGAACACCUAGUAUAUGCUAGAUUGAUGGCAGACAUCGAGAAUGAUGACCAAGAUCCCUUGGAAAACCAAUCAGCUGCAGAGGAGAACAAUUCAGACCCUAUUGAUCAGCAGGAUAAUCGGGACCAUACAACUAAUGAUGGAAGUCAAGCAGAGAUCAAGGCUGAAUUGAUUGGUACCUUGCAGACAUUGCAAACAAACCUCAACACACGUACCAAUAGGAUCAAUGUCCAGAGAACAAGUGUCCUUGAUGAUUACAUUGAUGCACGCAAACGAUUCCAUUGGAUGCAUCCUGAAAACAGAAUCAAGGUUGUUUUUAUUGGAGAACCAGCAAUUGAUACUGGCGGGCCAAAACGUGAAUUUUGUUCUGGUAAGUAGAUUUUACAAUUUUACAAAAACCACAUUUUAAUAUCCAAAUCAAUUUGGAUUUGUUAAACGUGGGAGAUUUUCAUUUUUGUAAAGCAAAAGGUUCUGGCAUGUGAAUGGUAUGAUAUGUAAAAGUAUGCAAAUAUUUAAGCAUUGCCACAGUGGCAGACACUUUAUGAAAUACUGGGGGGGGUUCAUGCCGAAGCCACGGAAAAAUUUUUAAAUUUGGAUCCCGGAAAUGGCAUUUCCAGUAUUCUCAGAGUACAGAAACAUAUAUUAUUAUAUUGUUUGGUAUAUUGCUUGCUUUUUUAGCUUAAUUAAGUUUUAUCAAAUAAUUAUUAUAAUAAUAAUUUAAUAUGACGAUUUUGUUAUAUGAGUGUGAGUUGUGUUAUUUGGUAUACGAUUUUUACAGUCUCAAAAUUAUUGAGGGGGGGGGGCAUGUUCACCAAAUGCAUGUUCACCAAACCCCCCAUGUUCCCAUAUUCGCCAAAUGCAAAAUAUGUUUUUGUUUUCAAAUCUGAAAAGUCCUGUCAUAUUAAUGCUGAGUCCUGUGUGAUGACUGGUGUGUAGCCCAUGUGUUUACCCUUAAUAUGAAAUACAAUUUUAUCUUUAUUAGAUGUUCUUGGUCAGGUACGGGAUCGACUAUUUGACCGGAAUGGAAUGCCAGUUACAAGCACUCUGGCAUUGACACAGGACCUCUUUAAAUAUGCAGGUGAAUUGAUGGCAAUAUCAAUUAUCCAAGGUGGGCCUGCACCAAACUUCUUGUCACCUGCCAUAUAUGAUGUAAUUGCUAAAGGUCUGUCAAAAGCUGUGUAUUCUCUGGAGAUGAUUGAGGAACCAAAUUUGAAAGAAAUUGCAACCCAGGUACAUUCGAGGUGAUCUCGUGUUCGUAUUUUAGCCAAUCAGCGCUCAGAAAGGGUUGUCCGGAUAGAAAUCCAUUUUGAUGUAUUCAGUCAAUUAUAUCUUUCGUUAUUUUUUAUGAAACUAGUUGAAAUUUCGUAAUUAUGUUUGGUUAUGAGAACUAUAGCUCUGACAAAAAUGUGGAAUCGAAAUACACUAUAUUACAGGAGAUAUUCAGUUGUUUCAAUCAUAAAAUGGAUUUCUAUUUGACAACUAGUGCCAGUACUUUUCCGCGUAUCAAAAUCAUCUGGUUGACUGAUUAAAAUGAAAGUUAUGAUUUCUGAUAUGUUUUGUUCAACUAUUUGUUCUAGCCAAUUGACCUAGGGCUAUUUACCAGGGCCCUCGAAAAGAAUGAAUUAUUUUAUAUAUAUGAAGACCUGUGAUUGGUCAAUGGCAUGUGGGCAUAUUAUAAUACAUCAAGAGUCAAGACUCUUAUGGCUUGUGUAAUGUUGAGGUUUUGGGAAUUUAUAUCAUAAUAAAUAAUGAAAUUGUAUUUAGUCAUGGUGAUUGGGUUUUCUAAACAAUUGAGUUACCAAAAUUACUGUACAUGUUUAUAGAUUGAUUCUGUGGAUACAGAUGCUGAUCUACAAUCUAAACUCAUGGAGGAUAAUGUUCUUUUUGUGCUUGACCAAGUUGGCUAUAGAGGGAUCCCCAACAGAGAGACUCUUGGAUCAAAGGAUAAAAUAGUCAGGUAUUAUCACACAUCUUUCAGUACCAGUAUAUAUACCAGGUAAUCAUGCAAUGAGGACUACAUUUAAGGAUUAAUUAACAGUGCAAAUUAUGUUUGAAGAUAUUGCCAAAAUUGGACGAGCUGCCUAGGUGAUAUAUCUUUAUAUUUCUUUGUUAUAAAAAAUAAAACAUUCUCCCUGUUGAUAUACAGUUAUACAGUCAUUUUCAAUUUCCACUCAUGUUGACAUAAGUGAUAACUGUAUAUUAACACGGAAAACUUUUAUUUUAUCGUGUUGACAUAAGUGAUAACUGUAUAUUAAUUAACACGGAAAACUUUUAUAUUUGUUAAAUACUGUAUGGUGAAUUGUGGUCACAUGAUGUCAAAAUAACCAAGUACACAUGUAAAACCAGGGGUGGAUUUACCAGGGGCUGGCAAGGGUGUACACCCCUGUUGGCCUUGGUCAAUUGUAGUCAGAAAAUUUAGAAGUGAGACAGGUAAAAUAAGGUUACCCUAUCUUGGUUAUGUGGACACUUUUCAAAGGUGUGCUUUAUGGAAGUCAUUGAGUUGGUGCCACACAACUCCCUGCUCAUACUUCUAGCUACUUUCGUUUGAAAGGGGAUGCAAAAAACUAAGUUUAUAUUAUUUUAAAAUAAUUUAUACAUAAAGACCCCAGAAUCCCAAAAUAUCGUGACCCCUCCCCCCCCCCCAAACCAAUUUAGAGUAGCAUCAUUGAUGUUCAGUUUAGUGAACUUUUUGUCCCCACAACACACUAUCCUGCCUUUACUCUCACCUACCAAAUAAAAACUAUAGUCCUGCUUGGUGUGCUCUCUCACAACACACAGAAGUCAAUCAACCCCCCCCCCAAACAAAAUAUAGCUGGACCACCCCUGUGUAAAACAACUUUCCUGGUAAAAAAUUACAGUAUAUACUCAUUCUUCCUGCAGGUCAAUAAUAAUCAAAUCACAAAUUGAACCAAAGUUGGGCAUGAUAAAGCAGCUAGAAGAGGGCCUGUCUGUCUGCAAACUAUUGGAUGCCAUUCGUGCAAGACCAGCCUUAUUCAGGUCUGUUUUUGUGUCUGGUUGCAUUUUUGAUCAGGAUGCAGACGAAUUCCUGGAUGGGUUGAACGUCACCUUUAGUGAGCACCAGAAGGAACGGAUUGUUGAAGCAACUGUUUACAAACAUUUUUGCGAUUUUGUACUGUUUCUUCAUAAUGAUGGUUAGUACUUGAUGGUUCUCAUGCCUGGUUCUGCGCAUACCACACCAUUCCCCAAUUAACCAAGAUUUUGAACUCAACAAGUCUGGUCAAAAAUUUCAGCACAGCUUGAAAGAGCAUCACAAAAUUAGUAAUAUUCCAAAGUUUCGUUGCAAAAUGUUGUAAAAUGCCAAUAUAGCCUUGCGAAAUUUGCAAUUUUCAGUCAUUUUGGAUUACAAACGGGAAAUGGUUACCACUUCUGUGCGUAAUACAAAAUGACUGAAAAUUACAAACUUCGCAAGGCUAUAUUAUCAGCAUUUUACAACAUUUCGCAGCAAAACUUUGGAAUAUUACCAAGUCUGUGAUGCUCUUUCAAGCUGUGAUGAAAUUUUGUUUAGGCUAGUUAAGAUCAAAAUUUUGUUAAAGUGGUAACCGUUUCCCGUUUGUAAUCUAAAAUGACUGAAAAUUGCAAAUUUCUCAAGGCUACAUUAUCCGCAUUUUACAACAUUUCGCAACGAAACUCUGGAAUAUUUCUAAUUUUGUGAUGCUCUUUCAUGCUAUGAUGGAAUUUUGUCUAGACUUGUUGAGAUCAAAAUUUUGGUUAAUUGGGGAAUAGUCCAUUAGUUGAGCUAAAACAAUAUUUGCAAAAAUGUGGCAAUUUAUAUUACUGAUAUUUUGCACAUUGAUUGGAAUUAUCACAUAUAAUUUUCACCUUCUGGGCCAAAUUUCACAUUGGACACUGUUAAUUCAAACUCUGGCACAAAUUGCAUUGCAGGUUGUAGCAAAAAUGCCUUGUGUUUUUUUCUCAUUAUUUAAAAUUUUGUAUCAUGAAACUGGAAAUAUUUUUCAGCUUUUUAAUUUCAAAUUCCAUUUAAAAGUUGUAUUUCUGGCAUGAUAGGCAUACAAAAACACAAAGGUCUUUUGGAUUUUCAAUGCUGGCAUGGAUGAUUUGCUCAAAAUAGGUUUAUGAUAUCACAUUUCUACUGUACAUCAAGCUAUAUCUACUGUACUUUCAGGGAUAGAAGGCCAUGAUUUGAAGUUGCGGCAUCUUUUACGUUUUGUAACUGGAUGCUAUUCAUUGCCUCCACUUGGUCUUCCUGAUUCUAUAAAGGUCAAAUUCCUGCAUGGUUGUCACAAUGGCUGCAAGUGUCGUCCAACAGUGUCAACAUGCCAAUUAUUCAUCAGGCUUCCAGUUCAUGCAGCUACAUUUCAGGAAAUGAAAGAGUUGAUGGUAUCUGCCUUGCUGGAGGGUUUUGGGUUUGGUAACCUGUAA